GCAUACCGAAACCACCCUCUGUAUGUCUUGGAGCGGUGGCUGGGCGCGUACCAAUGGCUGCGACCCAGGGGGCCCGUGCUGGGGGUGUGUAGCGGGGAGGCGGUGUUCCCCCGUGCGUGCGUGCAGCAGCUGAGGUCGCGGCACCAGUGGCUCAAGGAGGGCCGGCGCGUGCGCGACGGGGAGGCUCCUGUCAAGACACUCACACGCAAGCCUCCAGCUCCUCGCGCCAUCCACCGCCGCAACCCCUACCAGUCCCGCACGCACAUUCUCCCGCACGAGUGCUUUCCCUCCCACGUCGCCGCCCGCAUGCGCUCCACCGCCCGUGCUGCUGCUGCUGGCCGGAUGGGUUCAGGGUCGACUGCUGCUGAGGAUGAGGAUGCAGCAGCAGCAGCCAUUGGAUCAAUGGACGGAAGAGGAGGAGCAGCAGCAGCAAGGAUUGAAACGGAAGCAGGAGCAGGAAGGGCAACGGGCGACGACAACGCAUCCUCCCCAUCCACCAUAACUAUCGAGCUCUUCGGCGAAUGGCAGACUGACACCUGGCGGCCGCCACCAGCAGUGGACGGCCGGAUUCCCAAGAACGAGCGGGGGCAGGUGGAGGUGUGGUCGGAGAAAUGCCUCCCUCCGGGCACUGUUCACCUGCGGUUACCGCGUCUUGUAACCGUGGUGCAGCGGCUGGGGUUUGACUUUGCGCCGGCGGUGGUGGGGUUUGAGUGGAAGGGAGGCAAGGCGACGCCGAAGUAUGAAGGGCUGGUGGUGUGUGCAGAGCACGCAGAUACUAUAGUAGAUGCGUACACAGCAGAGGAGCAGCGGCACCUGGAAUUGGCACUGCAGCGGCGGCGCAAUGCAGCGUUGGAGCGAUGGCAUGCGCUCAUAGGGGCCAUGCUCACACGCCAGAGACUGCAGGAUACCUAUGAAGCUGCUGCUGCUGCUGCUGCUGCUGCUGAUGAUGAUGCUGCUGCUGGCGGUGGUGGUGGUGCUGGCGGUGCUGCUGGUGAUGAUGGUGGUGAUGGUGUUGCUGCCGCUGUUGGUGUGGGUGUUAUGGACGAGGAUUCAUUUGAAGGCAAUGUGUGGUAUCACGUGCUCCCUUACCUUGUGUAG